AUGUCCUCUUAUUUAUUUUCAAUGCCAACUGAAAUAGUUUGGAAAGUUCUUACUUUACUUGAACCAUAUGAUGUCUCCAAUACAAGACUUACCUGCAAAAGAUUAAGAACAUACUGUGAUCAUCCAUCUAUUUGGAAAGAUAUUUCUCUGAAUCCACAAUGCUUAACAAAAGAACACACAACCUCUGGUGCAUUGACUCUAUGGAAUCUUCUCGAACUAAAAGAAAUUAUCCAGCCUCACCUUUCAUUGAUCAAGACAAUUAAAAUUUUGGGCGUACGUGACAACAUUAUCCGAUACCUUAUACUUCACUGUAACAAAUUAGAAAAUUUAACUAUAUCGGGAUGGUCCACAUUAUCUGACCAUGCGCUUAGAGUUCCAUUUCAACCUGACCAACAGCUAUGCUUACGCCGACUUAGACUAGUCGGUCGGCAGAAGUCAAAUUUCACAUCAUUAGAUGCAACAACGUUUGGAAAAUUGAUCGCUAAAUGUCCUUAUUUAGAAGAACUUUCUGUUGUGAGUUGCCAAAUACAUAUUCAAGCAGAUAGUUUUCUCAAAUCAUUUGAUUUUAUUCACCGACCACCAGAGGGUAAUUUACUGUCUUUGAAGUCUCUAACAAUGGCUACAAAACGUACUUGGUCAAGCCAACAUAUUACAAAAUUAUUUCAACUAUGUUCUAGUCUUUGCGUUCUUGCUCUUGUGCCUGAUUCCGAUAAUAUACCAGAAAUAGCUGAUGAAAAACCACCACAAGCAGCGUCGUUGGUGCCAAUUGUAAAGAGUCACGAGCCAUUACUAGAAAAAAGCGUACAAUUUGUAAGCGAGCAAGAACUUCUGGAAUUUGAUAACAUAAUAAUUUAUAGUAGUGAAUAA